AUGGCCUCAGCUUUGCGCGCGAGGCGCUUCAUCGGGGCCUCGGUCUUGUUGCUGUGUGGGUACACGACGUACUCCAUCGUGGAGCCCAUGAGCCCACACGCUCUACGACUCGCUCAUGGAUCAGACGCCCAGGAACUCGAUCGUGACGAUCCCUUUGCCAGAAACGUGCGCCACAUUGCUGCUCGGGUAGGGGUCACGUGCCCGGCACAAAUGUCCAUUCGCGUGGGCAAACGCUCUGCUGGAGCGUCGACAGGGGCCAAUCUCACCAUUCGCCAGCGAGGCGCGUGCAUUGUGCUGCCCAUGGAGCUCUACGACGCGUUCUACGCUCCGCCCCACUUGCACGCCAAGUACGACAUCCCGACACGAGACGAGAUUGACUUUGUCCUGGCGCACGAGAGCGCACACAUUGCCAGGAACCAUACAGUCUAUGCCGGUGCUUUUCUUCCUGCGUCGCUGCUCGGGAGUUGCGUCGCGAUUCGGACGAUCCCGAACAAAGUGGUCGCUGGGGUCGUUGGCGUUCUAAGCAUGAUUGGCACCAACGUGUGCCUCUCGUGGAGCUUGGAGCACGAAGCAGACCACGUCGCUGCCGAAAGCGGCUUUGCUCGUGGCGGCAUCGCCUGCUUCCAGCGGAAGCUCUCUCGGAACAACGCGAUCCGAGCAGUGUCCAGCACGAAGCUGAUCACGGCGAGGGGCAACUACUUGGGCGACACAUUGCAUCCACUGCUGACCUCGCGCAUUGAGCGACUCGAGCGCCUGACUUCUGCAGCAACAACGGGGCCCCACCGGCUUGUGGUAGUGCCUCCCGAGACAGACACCAGCUCAAUAGCAGCGACAGGCUGA